CUAUAAACUCGAUGCAAUUUCGCAGGGUGUACACCUCUCUAGCAAAUUCUAACCGCAACCCAUUUCUCCUCUAUCGAAAUCUCACUAACCCUUUUGCUCUUUCCAACUCUAACCCACAAUUCAUCUCAACACCAAGAAUCUUGAAAAACAGGCCAAUUCUUGUGUCCAGACGUUUUGUGUCAUCAUUUCCUGCAAUGGCUGAAUCAAGAAGACCCACCCAUGUGCCUAUACCACCACCAGAAACCGCCGAUAAGGCGGAAUUAUAUCGAGCCCUCGAGGCUGCGGUGGGAUCCCCGUUUAGUUCCGAGCCAUUGGCACCGGAGCCUCACCCGUUGAUCAUUGUGGUUAGUGGUCCAAGUGGGGUUGGUAAAGAUGCUGUGAUUAAAAGACUUAGAGAAGUUAGGGAGAAUAUACAUUUUGUUGUUACUGCGACGACUAGGGGGAAAAGAGCGGGCGAGGUUGAUGGUAAAGAUUACUUUUUUAUGAGUAAAGAUGAGUUUUUGGGAAUGAUUGAGAGACAUGAGUUGUUGGAGUAUGCUUUAGUGUAUGGGGAUUAUAAGGGUAUACCGAAACAGCAAAUUAGGGAACAUAUGGCUAAAGGAUUGGAUAUAGUGUUGAGAGUUGAUAUACAAGGGGCUGCGACGUUGAGGAGGAUCUUGAGAAACUCUGCUGUGUUUGUGUUUUUGGUGGCAGAGAGCGAAGAUGCAUUGGUUAAGAGGUUGAUUGAUAGGAAGACGGAGACUAAAGAGACGUUGCUUGUGAGAAUUGCAACGGCUCGGGAGGAAGUUAAGCAUAUGGAGGAGUUUGAUUAUGUGGUUGUGAAUAGGGAAGGGGAGUUGGAGAAUUCUGUUAAGUUGGUGGAGUCUAUUAUUGAUGCUGAGAAAGCUAAAGUCAGGCAAAGAACUGUGACUAUUUAGAGUGUGUCUGAUUUCGAGUCUUUGAUAUGUUUUUUGAUUUUGUUGAGCUGAUGUUCUUAAUGUUUUGUUGUAUUCUAUUUACGGAUUUUGAUAACCUUGUCCUACGUUGCAUUGCCACAGGAGACCAUUUCAAGCAUGAAUAACACAUUCUUGACACAAGAGGUUUCUUUAUGCAAAAUUGUUUUCCCUA